AGCCCCGCGACGGGGAGGGACCGACUGGGCGAGUGGAGGCUCCGGCGGUGUCAAUGGCUCCUCCUGCCACGGAGCAGCAGCAGAAGCCGCGGCGACGGGGCUGAGGAGGAGGAGGAGGAGGAAGGUUCCUUUAAGGAGGAGGAACGACGCCGCCUCUUUUUUCCCCCUAUCUCCUCCUUUCAUACUCAUUUCCCUUCGCUGAGGAGAGAAGGGGGGGAGGAGAGAGAAGAGGCCGAAGAAAGAGAAAAAUUCCUCUCAGAAAUCUCUCUGAGGGGGUAGCGGGGGGAGGAAGAGAGAAAAAAAGCCGGGCGCCCCCUGCUCCCUCCCUCCCUCCUCCUCUCCCUCUCCUUCCCCCUUCCUCACCCGCCCGCCCACUGCCCCCGCCGCCCAAGACGCCGCUCGGGAGUCGGCGGGCCCCGGGUCUGUCUCCUCCGCCGCCGCCGCGCUUCGCCUCGGAGCCGCAGGCGGGCGGACGCCCUUUCUUUCUUUCUCUCUCGCUCUGCCUGCCUCUCCGUCUCCGUCCCUCGCGGCCGCCCCGCCCGACGGCCUCGGCCUUCCCCGCGCGUCAGGCCCGCCCGCCUGCCGGCCUCGCUCGGUCUCCGUCUCCGUCUCCGCGGGGCCUUUCUCUGUCUUCGGGGGCUCGCUCGGCCCCUCCGCCCUCACCGCCUCCCCUGCCCCUCGCUCCCUCUCCUUCCUCCCCUCCUCCCCACCCCCUCCUCCGGCCCGGGAGCUCGCUGUGCGUGUGCGUGUGUGUCCCUCCGCCGACGCCGCCACCUCAGCCCGGCAAAUGAACUCCGUCCGAGCCGCCAACCGGAGACCCAGGCGAGUGUCGCGGCCGCGCCCGGUGCAGCCCCAGCAGCAGCAGCAGCCCCCGCAGCAGCCGCCGCCGCCGCCGCCGCCCCAGCAGCAGCCGCCGCCGCAGCAGCAGCCCCCGCCGCCGCCGCAGCAGCAGCCUCCACCGCCGCCGCCGCCGCCGCCGCCCCAGGAGCGGAACAACGCCGGCGAGAGGGAUGAUGAUGUACCUGCAGAUAUGGUUGCAGAAGAAUCAGGUCCUGGUGCACAAAACAGUCCUUACCAGCUUCGUAGAAAAACUCUUUUGCCGAAAAGAACAGCGUGCCCUACAAAGAGCAAUAUGGAGGGUGCCUCAACUUCAGCAACAGAAAACUUUGGUCAUCGUGCAAAACGUGCAAGAGUAUCUGGGAAAUCACAAGAUUUGGCAGCAGCACCUGCUGAACAGUAUCUUCAGGAGAAACUGCCAGAUGAAGUGGUUCUAAAAAUCUUCUCUUACUUGCUGGAACAGGAUCUUUGUAGAGCAGCUUGUGUGUGUAAACGCUUCAGUGAGCUUGCUAAUGAUCCAAUUUUGUGGAAACGAUUAUAUAUGGAAGUAUUUGAAUAUACCCGUCCUAUGAUGCAUCCUGAACCUGGCAAAUUCUAUCAGAUUAAUCCAGAAGAAUAUGAACAUCCAAAUCCUUGGAAAGAGAGUUUCCAGCAGUUGUAUAAAGGUGCACAUGUAAAGCCAGGAUUUGCUGAACAUUUCUACAGUAACCCUGCAAGAUAUAAAGGAAGAGAAAAUAUGUUGUAUUAUGAUACAAUUGAAGAUGCCCUUGGUGGGGUACAAGAAGCUCAUUUUGAUGGACUUAUCUUUGUUCAUUCUGGAAUAUAUACUGAUGAAUGGAUAUAUAUUGAAUCUCCAAUCACCAUGAUUGGUGCAGCACCCGGAAAAGUAGCAGACAAAGUUAUAAUUGAAAACACUAGAGAUUCAACCUUUGUUUUUAUGGAAGGUUCUGAGGAUGCUUAUGUUGGAUAUAUGACAAUAAGGUUUAACCCUGAUGACAAAUCUGCUCAACACCACAAUGCACACCACUGCUUAGAGAUUACAGUAAAUUGUAGUCCUAUUAUUGAUCACUGUAUCAUCAGAAGUACAUGUACAGUUGGCUCUGCAGUAUGUGUUAGUGGUCAAGGAGCAUGUCCCACUAUCAAGCACUGUAAUAUCAGCGACUGUGAAAAUGUUGGACUUUAUAUAACAGAUCAUGCACAGGGAAUAUAUGAAGAUAAUGAAAUUUCCAAUAAUGCUUUGGCUGGGAUCUGGGUUAAAAAUCAUGGAAACCCAAUUAUUAGAAGGAAUCAUAUUCAUCAUGGACGUGAUGUUGGUGUGUUCACAUUUGAUCAUGGCAUGGGUUACUUUGAAAGUUGCAACAUACACAGAAACAGGAUAGCAGGCUUUGAGGUAAAAGCCUAUGCUAACCCCACAGUGGUUCGAUGUGAAAUUCAUCAUGGACAGACUGGAGGAAUAUAUGUCCACGAAAAAGGAAGAGGACAGUUCAUAGAGAAUAAAAUCUAUGCAAACAACUUUGCAGGUGUAUGGAUUACCUCAAAUAGUGACCCAACGAUAAGGGGGAAUUCUAUAUUUAACGGAAAUCAAGGGGGAGUUUACAUCUUUGGUGACGGACGAGGCCUUAUUGAAGGAAAUGACAUUUAUGGAAAUGCAUUAGCAGGAAUUCAGAUUAGAACAAACAGUUGUCCAAUUGUUCGACAUAACAAAAUUCAUGAUGGCCAGCAUGGUGGAAUUUAUGUGCAUGAGAAAGGACAAGGUGUAAUAGAAGAGAAUGAAGUUUAUAGUAAUACUCUAGCUGGAGUUUGGGUGACAACUGGCAGCACUCCAGUGCUGAGAAGAAACAGGAUACACAGUGGCAAGCAGGUUGGUGUUUAUUUUUAUGACAAUGGACAUGGAGUGCUAGAAGACAAUGAUAUCUAUAAUCAUAUGUAUUCAGGGGUUCAGAUAAGGACUGGAAGCAACCCCAAAAUUAGGCGCAACAAAAUCUGGGGAGGACAGAAUGGUGGAAUUCUAGUUUAUAAUUCCGGUCUUGGCUGUAUAGAAGACAAUGAAAUAUUUGAUAAUGCAAUGGCUGGCGUCUGGAUUAAGACAGAUAGUAACCCUACGCUAAGAAGAAAUAAAAUCCAUGAUGGAAGAGAUGGUGGCAUCUGUAUAUUUAAUGGGGGUCGAGGUCUCCUUGAAGAAAAUGAUAUUUUCAGGAAUGCUCAAGCAGGUGUUCUCAUCAGCACUAAUAGUCAUCCAGUCUUACGGAAAAACAGAAUAUUUGAUGGAUUUGCUGCAGGUAUUGAAAUUACAAAUCAUGCAACUGCAACAUUAGAAGGCAAUCAGAUUUUUAACAACCGGUUUGGAGGCUUAUUUUUAGCAUCUGGUGUUAAUGUGACAAUGAAAGAUAACAAAAUAAUGAACAAUCAAGAUGCCAUAGAAAAGGCUGUUAGUAGAGGCCAAUGUUUAUAUAAAAUAUCAAGUUAUACCAGCUAUCCCAUGCAUGACUUCUACAGAUGUCACACUUGUAACACCACAGAUCGAAAUGCCAUAUGUGUGAAUUGCAUUAAGAAGUGCCAUCAGGGACAUGAUGUAGAAUUUAUUAGACAUGAUAGGUUUUUCUGUGACUGUGGUGCUGGAACACUGUCUAAUCCCUGUACAUUAGCUGGUGAGCCUACACAUGAUACAGAUACACUAUAUGACUCUGCUCCACCUAUAGAAUCUAAUACAUUGCAGCACAACUGAAUUCCUUCCUUAAAAGAAAAAGUUCUGCCAUUCUAACACCAUAACUUAAAACAUUUUUGGAAGAAGAUUUAGUACUUGCCCAUGCUACAGGAAGAGACUGUAUUAAAAAUGGAUACAUGAGGUCAGCUGACACUAUGAAGCUCAAGCUACCAAAAAGAAAGUGGCAAUAUAUUGACUCAGGAUCUCAAAGCUGGGUGUUUUAGCAUUACUGUGUAAAGACAUUUGAAGGGACAGAAGUG